AUGGAUAAUAAUGAUUGUGAUCUAUUUUCCAUUGUGCAUAGCUGCAAAGCUAACGCUUAUACUUCUUCUACCACCAUUCUUGAAACUCUUCCUCCACCUCAAACCUUAACAACCGCCUCCACCACUACCAGUAGCAUUAUAUCUCCUCAAAACACCACACCAUUUUACCUUGAUGAUUUUUCUUUAACCCAAGAAAAUAGAUCAGUUGGUUUUUCCCCACUUAAACCAACUGAUUUUAUUGAGCUUGACAAACUGAAAAUCAAUUUCAAUCCAACCACCGUUGUCCCCGCCCACACCACAACUAUCCCCAUUACCGUCACCCCCACCACCACCGCCCUAUAUACCCCGACCACCACUAUUACAACCCGCAUUCCUGUCCCUACCCACAUAAGCACCACUACCAACACUAACACUAGUACUAUUAAUCAUGACUCCAAUCAAAAUUCUAAUUUUUUUGAUUUCCCAACAUUCAAUAGAAACAUACAGAUGCAACCAACUGAUAUUAGGGGGCCAGAAAAAAUUAUACCUAGCUUUCUUCCAACGACCAUUAUCCCCACCCCUACUAUGAAUAACCUUACCACCAAUAUUCCCAUAUCCAUUAGUACCAACUUCCCUAACCUCAGCCUCCCAACAAACAUUUUUAUCUCGAGCGCCAAAACCACUGCACCUUCUAUCACUACCAUGAUUAACACUAACACCGGUUCUCAUGGAACCAAUAACUAUCCUAAGAUGCAUAAUUUCCCAAAACUCUUUGAACAACAACAAACUGAACAAAAUCAAAACAAUCAACUAUCUGCUCUCAAACCUGCGGCUUGCGUUGAAAUCACAACGGCUCAUUUUGAUCUUGCAUACAACCAUCCAUCCAUUUCUAAACAAAACGCAAGAGAGAUCAAUCAACCACCAACUAUACAACCCCAUACUAGUUCUAUGAUUUUACCAAAUACAAACCCACAAGGAGAACUAUUGAAAAACAAGAAAAAAAAGUUUGAUAAUAAGAAGAUAGUAGAAUGGCACAUCAGUGAAGAGAAGUUGGCUGAAGAUCCAUGGCAAUGGAGAAAGUAUGGACAGAAACUUAUUAAAGGAUCUCAACAUCCAAGGGACUACUAUAGAUGUAGCACUUUUAAAGAUUGUGUAGCAAAAAAACUAGUAGAAAAAAAACAACACAAAGAAAAUAUUUAUGUUGUGACAUAUAUAGGAGAGCACAACCAUCCAAAACCUUUUGUGGAUUGGUCUCUUCAAAACAAGUCAUCCAAGAAGAGAGUAUCCAGUGUCAAAAAAUAUGAAUCUUUGCAAGAAUGCAGCCAUGCUCAGGUUCAUCAAGGUCAAUCAAAAAAGCUCUGA